UGUAAUUUGGAUGCUGAUAUAGGUUAACUGUAUCUUUUGAUUUUUUUUUUUUAUUUCAUGCAGGCGUAUGGUCCCCUAGGAUGGAUGUUGCAGAAUCUGGAAGCAAUUAUAUUAUGAUGGUAGAAAUUCCAGGUGUCAGCAUCAGUGACAUUAGAGUGGAGGUUGAUGACCAAAAUUUACUAGUGACUGGUCAACGCUCUACCCAGUGUUGGAAAGGAGCAGCAAGUUGCUCAAAUGACUUAAUCUCUGCAUAUCACAAAAACGAGAUAUCAAAGGGGCCGUACCAGGUGGUGUGGCCACUUCCUACUAAUGUGAACAGGGACAUUGUCUCAGCUGAGUUUCUGGAUGGAUUUCUACGUAUUGUUAUUCCUAAACUUUGAGAUUAGCUGAUGGUGGAAGUAUACAUGCACAUAUAUGAAGAGGAGUACCUUAAAACUUUUACACCAGCAUAUGUAGUAUAUUGAUAUAAAUCAAGCCAUUAAUGAUCAAUGGCUACUAUCUCAGUUUCUAUAUCAUCUGUCUAAGAUCGUGAAUUAAUUAAGGUGUACCCACUACUGUCCUAAUACGAGGAUAAUGAAUAUUUAUGCGGCACCAAUGAUCAUAGAAUAAUACAUCAGAAUUUGAGCCUGGUAUUUGUUCAGCAUAAAUAGUGCCUUGUAUAUGCAAUGUCAUUGCAUUAUGCAAACUGUUUAUGCAUGUUGUUACUUUGUAUUUGUGGUAGCAAAAUUUUGGAUUGGGUUGGUUAAUGACUAUGCUGA